AACACAUGAUUCCCGUGAUUAAUUAUGUUGUUUUGAUGAAGCAACCCAUACAAAGUUUCUACAUAUAACUUCAUCACAUCAACCUAAGUAACCCAAAAUAUUCUCGAAAAAGAAUAAUGGAACGCGAAAUAAUCUCAAGCGAAAGCGUGAAGCCAUCUUGUCCGACGCCCCAAAAUCUCCGACGCUACAAGUUUUCGAUGCUGGACCAGAUUUUCCCCCCAAUGCCAAAUCCAUGCGUCGUCUAUUUCCGAUGCACAGCGCAAUUAAUCAAUGAUCCAGAUUCAUUCACUUCUCAUCUAACGGAGCAGCUGAAGCGAUCGCUAUCCGUUAUGCUGACCCGAUUCUACCCGCUGGCGGGUAGAGCGAGCGGAGAGGGCGAAUUUAUUGACUGCAACGACGAUGGCGUUCCCUUCACUGUCGCCAGAUUCAGAGGUCACAAGCUGUCGGAGCUUCUCACAAGUCCCCGCCCCGAUCUCCUGCUUCCGUGCGCUUUAGACUGGGGAACUAAGCCGGGCCCCGAUUCCGCCGUCGCGCUGAUACAAGUCAGCUGUUUCGACUGCGGUGGCUUUGCGAUCGGAGUGGUUUUCUGGCAUAAGGUGGUGGAUGGGGUGACUCUGCUGGUUUUUCUUCGGUCGUGGGCUGCGACGGCGCGUGGAGGUAAAGAGCCGGUUUGCCCCAACUACAUCGCGCAGGAUAUGUUUCCGCAGAAAGAGCAAAUGCCGGUGCAGCUUGGCUCCGCCGCCGAUAUCGCCAAGAUUGGGAAAUCAAUCGUAAGAAGGUACGUAUUUUACAGCUCAGCAAUAUCAUCACUGAAAUCUAAAGUAUCCGACGUGGAACGCCCCUCGCCAGUUGAAGUCGUGUCAGCCCUAAUAUGGAAGUGCUUCAUGUCUGCAUCUCUUGCAAACGGCAAAUCUACUUCACUUCUCACACAAACUUUGGACCUCCGUCGCCGAGCCCGACCCCCCUUCCCCGCGGAAUGCUUUGGCAAUUUCCUAACGCUGGCGCCGGCGACAAGCAACAACAACGAGAACGCCGAGCUGGGAGCACUAGUUAGAAAAAUGAGAGACUCCAUAAGCAAGGUCGACGACGAUUACAUCAACAGGAUGCGCGGUGACAGAGGAUUGAUGGGAUAUUACGAGAAUCUCCAACUACUAUGGACGGAAUAUUCUCAAGAAUUCGAUUUUUUGCCCAUCUCAAGUGUGUGUGGACUUGAUGCUUAUGAUGUUGAUUACGGAUGGGGGAAGCCAGUGUGGUAUAGUAAAUGCGAUAUUAGCAAUGAAUCGGAGGUGUGGAAUAGGGUUUGGUUGAUAGACACUAGAAACGGCGAUGGGAUAGAAGCGUGGGUGAUUCUUGAAGAUAAAUAUAUGUCGGUUUUCGAUCAAGUCGAGGAGUUGAGAGCUCUUGCUUCUGUUGAUCCUUGUCCCACUUCACAUAUAUAUAGAUCACGAUUUUAAGUGAUCGAUGGUGGUUUGGGGUUAAAUUGAGGGGAUAUAUGUUUCAUUAAUUUGUUUAAUUAUAUGUAUACUAUCUUGUGUCAAUUUGUUCUAGCUCCUAUUUACUCUUUUAUGAA